CACAUGGGACAAGCUGUCCCACUAGCUUCAGGCUCCACCUCAGCUCUGCAGCAAGCAACAGCUCUCUGGCUUCUUUAGCUGCUGGAGACGUUCAGCGAAGAUUGUAUCCUUUCGUUUAUGCACGGAUAUCCAUUUCUUGGGUUUCCCAAAUCAAGGUUGGAUCGAGACUUUAAAGGGAUUUUGACGGUUCGAUUCACAUUUUUCGACGGUUUGGAUUAAAGGUUUUUAAGCGUUCAAUCGCUUCAGACCCAUGGAGAAAAUGGCCAGACCGCUGUCUGUAAACCCAACUUUCCGUCCGCCGACCCAUGGCGUGCUGAAGUCCCUGCUCGAGAACCCUAUGAAACUACCCUUUCAACACGAUGAAGGUAAAACGGCGAUCGCUAAAGAGAAGGAGAAGGAGAAGGAGAAGAAGCUGGAGGAUGAGGGCUCGGCCGGCCACCCCCCACAGUCAGCCUUCCUGGGCCCCACGCUGUGGGACAAGACGCUGCCCUACGACGUGGACAACUUCCAGCUGGAGUACAUGGACCUGCAGGAGUUCCUGUCCGAGAACGGCAUCCCCGCCAGCUCCGUUCAGAGCGAGCAGGGACCCUCCCCGGGCCCCCAGCCCCCCGCCCUCUCGGCCUCCACCCCCACCCUGACUUCUGUGGUGGACCUGAGCAGCAGAACCUGCACCUCCACCACGCCCUCCCAGACCCUGCUGCACAACCCUGCCAGAACAGUCCUGCCCUCCACUGCCAGGAACACCCCCAGCCCCAUCGACCCAGAUUCCAUCCAGGUUCCCGUGGGUUACGAGCCCGACCCGGCCGACCUGGCGCUGUCCAGCGUCCCCGGCCAGGAGAUGUUCGACCCCAGGAAACGCAAGUUCUCCGCUGAAGAGCUCAAGCCCCAGCCCAUGAUCAAAAAGGCCCGCAAGGUCUUCAUCCCGGAGGACCUCAAGGACGAUAGGUACUGGGCCCGGCGCAGGAAGAACAACGUUGCGGCCAAGCGGUCGCGUGACGCACGGCGCCUGAAGGAGAACCAGAUCGCCAUCAGAGCCGGCUUCCUGGAGAAGGAGAACACGGCUCUGAAGAUGGAGGUGGCCGACCUGCGCAAGGAGCUGGGCCGCUGCAAGAACACUCUGGCCAAAUACGAGGCCAGACACGGGGCCCUGUAAACACCCACUCCUCCUCCUCCACACAGGACCUAGUCAAUACCACCUUCUGCCCUGCCCUGCCCAACACAAGCCCUGCCCUGCCCCCUACUGCCCUGCCCAACACAAGCCCUGCCCUGCCCCCUACUGCCCUGGCCAACAUGGGCCCCAGUGAAUACCCCCGCCUCCUCCCUUUUCCCCCACCCCCAUGC